AUGCCUCUCUGGCACCGAGAUCCAGAGCAUCACUCCUCCGCGAUGUCCUCUCCAAAACCUCUCAAACGCACCGACACAAUGCACUCUCGUUACGUCCAAAUGUUGCUUGACGUAGACGCCAUCCCUCUCCUACACAGCGUCCUCGCCUCGUUCUUCGUCUGGCUCCUGCUGGCGGGAUUCCUUGUCUUCCCCGGCACCUUCACAACGAUCCAAAGGUCCAUCGAGUCCAAGCACCCCGAAGAAUGGGGUGAUCAAACCACCGAAAAGAUUCUCAAGUCUGUGAAAAAUAUCCCCCUUCUGGUCAUUGCAGCGAUUGCGUGUGCCGUAUCACUGGUGGGCAUGGCGGUGCUGGCAUUGAGACACCUUGACAACUAUGUCUGGAUGUUGAAUAAGUUGAUUGUUCCGGGUGUUGCAAAUUGUCUGGCAGGUCUGAUAUCGACCUUGGUGGGCGUUUAUUCACAGCAGCAUGGGGUUUGGAGCGUCACGGCCAAGGUAACGGCUAUUGUGGAGGGGGCUUGCUUGGGAAUCGCUGCUGCGUUGUUCUUGUUCUUUGAGAGGGUGUUGCUGAAGAGGGUUCGUGAGAGGCAUGGCCAGCAUUAUGAAGAGUGGCCAAAGGAGGACUGGUCAAAGCCUAAUACUAAAGCGAUGACUGAUUUUUAG